AUGCAUCGAAAUCCAAUUGAACAUGAUUUGGUUGUUUUUCUUGACCAAGUUAUCUUCCCCAGACUACCAGAAGGUGAAGAUGAGGAGCAUGAGCCAGAGGAACACUUUCAACAACGGGUUGAGCAGGCGCUAUCUUAUGUCCAUGGGUGGGAUUGGAAGCGAGAGGAACUGAAGUACCUUGAGAUUGUUGGGAAACUUAUUCGAUUCUAG